CAGACAAGAAAGAAGACACUUUAGAGGACACACUGUGACGCAAUUAUCAUUAGAAAUUGAUUUGCUUCUACAAAUAUUUUACUUUCCUUUUAUUCGAAUUGUAUUGAAAAUUCCAUUUUAAACAUACACAUAUUCACAUUUAGUAUGCGAUCUUCGAAUUACACCUUCAACAUAUCCAUUCUGAUUAUUUUCUCAUUUAUAUUAUCGAUUUUUGCCCAACUUGACUGCGAUAUAUUGGAUCCUGCAUGUCGUGCAAAGUAUAGGAAUGGAGUCAGACACACCGAUGCUAGGAAGAAGCUCAACCACAAAUGCAACUAUCAGGACAUUUGGCUGGUUCCCGGAAGGGCUGACGCAAGUUGCACACGACCCGGAGCAAAAAAAAUAUUGGAUAUUAACCCGAGCCAAGUUCAUAUAAAGCCAGACGUUGUUCGAUUCCCAGGAUGCUUUACUUUGGAAAUUAAGAAUGUCAAAGUUAAAGAUCUACCAGAAGCGCUUGACAAUAGUUUUUUUGCGAAAGCGGAAUAUCAGUGGUGGAAUGUAAAGGACUUUUCCAACAUGAAGUGUCAAAACGCGAGUAAUAAUGGAUGUGGUGGCUAUGGAAACAAUUGUUAUUUUUGUGAUGUAUGUGAAUCUUUGACCAAUUUGGAGCAGAAUGAAGAAGACCAAUCUAAUAGUUUGGCUGGGCAAUUGCGUGGGAUCAAUUGUCCGCAUAGACCUGGGUUUUAUACUUUCAGAAAGGAGUUCUGUUUCAAUGAUUGGUCAGCAUUUGAUGCGGAUGGUGAUUGUGAGAUGGAUUUCCUUCAAGGUGAUAGAGGAGAUUAUAAGAGUGCCCUAGGAAGUCUUCAACAAGUUGGAUACGGCUCAGUAAUUGCCAAAAUCCGAUUAGCCUUCAACGCAACUGGAUCAGUUUUAAGAAAACGAGUACUAAAAGAAGAACAAAUUGAAGAGACCGUAGCCAAGGAGCUGGAGGAGCGUCGUCGUACCUGGGAUGUUAAUAAUGGCCAAUUUGACAAGUUUAGCCAGUGGUACAUAGAAUAUAGGAAAAAUUUGUGGCAUAAAGACGACUAUCUGCCAUGGCUUCUUUAUGAAAAUGAAAUUUCUUGCUUGAAAUUGACGUUUGACGUUUGUGAACGACCACCACGAAGAAUAAACUAUGGGGGCCGCAACCGAUACACUUGUGAAAACUAAUUUCAUCUAACUUUCGCCCAUUUGUGAUCGGUAGGAAUUCAAUUUUAAUUUUUUUUGUGUUUAAAAAUAUCGAUUUCUUGUCACUUUCUUUGUUUGAUCUCAAUAUAUACUCAUAAAUGAAAAAAAAGUUUAUUAUUACAAUA